GUAAGAGAGGAGGUGCUUGGGCGCGAGCACCCCGACACGCUUUCUAGCGUGUACUGCCUUGCUCACAUGCUUGCGACGCUCUGUGACUACAAGGAAUCUCUUAAUCUGUACAACAGGGCGUGUGAUGGGUACAGCGUUGUCCUUGGAGAGCACCACUCUACUACCCGAGCAUGUCGCCAACACCAUAGCGAAGUGCUUUUGUCGUGUAAGCAGUCUUGA